AUGGCUGUUUCAAAAAUUGUAAUGGCUUCGUUAACCCAUUGCCGUCCACUAACCUGUGCUGCCACGGCCACAGCCUCCUUCUAUCAAGAGCGGCUGGUCCCACAUCCACCAGACCUGAUCAAAUGGGUGAGGCGCGAAGGUGGGUUCGUGCACCAGGCCGUUCAAAUAUCCCAAGAUGGAACUAAUGGUCUUGGUUUGAUUGCUUCUCAAGAUAUUCCAAAAGGGUCUCAGCUUAUUGCCCUUCCUGAUCAUAUACCCUUAAAAUUUGGAGAUGAAGAUGGAGUUGAUGUGGUGAACUCUGUUUUGGUUAACCUGGCCCAAAAAGUCCCUGAGGAACUGUGGGCAAUGAAAUUGGGCUUAAAGCUUCUUCAAGAACGAGCAAAGGUCAGCUCCUUCUGGUGGCCAUACAUCAGCAAUCUGCCUCAAACUUAUAGUGUGCCUAUAUUUUUUCAAGGGGAGGAUAUAAAAAAAUUGCAGUAUGCUCCUCUUCUUUACCAGGUAAAUAGAAGAUGCCGGUUUCUUCUUGAUUUUGAACAAGAAGUCAAGCGUGCUGUUGAAAAUCUGAAACAAAACGAUCAUCCUUUUGAUGGGCAAGAUGUAGAUGCCUCCUCCCUUGGGUGGGCAAUGUCAGCAGUCUCAUCCAGGGCAUUUCGUUUGUAUGGAGAAAAGCUUCCAGAUGGGACCCGCAUUGAUGCCCCCAUGAUGCUUCCUCUCAUUGACUUGUGCAACCAUAGCUUUGAUCCAAAUGCACAAAUUAUUCAAGAACAAGAUGCAGGGAGUGCAAAAAUGCUUAUAAAGGUUGUGGCAGAAACACCAAUCAAACAAAACGAUGCCUUACUACUUAAUUAUGGUUGCUUGAACAACGAUCUUUUCCUAUUGGAUUAUGGAUUUGUGAUCCCUUCAAACCCUUAUGACUGCAUUGAGCUCAAAUAUGAUGGAGCUUUUCUGGAUGCUGCAAGUGUUGCUGCUGGGGUAUCUUCACCUAGGUUCUCUUCACCAGCUCCAUGGCAGCAACAGGUUUUGUCCCAGCUAAAUUUACACGGGGAAGCUGCAAAUCUCAAGGUUACAUUAGGAGGUCAGGAAUUGGUAGAUGGACGGUUGUUGGCAGCCCUUAGAGUACUGCUGACAAGUGACAUGGAAAUGGUGCAUAAGCAUGAUAUGAACACACUCAAAUCUUUAUCAGCUGAUGCUCCUCUUGGAAUUGAAAAUGAAGUAGGUGCUUUUCGAGCCAUUAUUGCACUAUGUGUGAUUGCGCUUGAGCACUUCCCUACAAAAGUAAUGGAGGACGAAUCCGUAUUGAAACAAGGUGUUUCAGCCUCCACUGAACUCGCCAUCCAGUUCAGAAUCCAGAAGAAAUCUGUCAUUAUAGAUGUGAUGAGAGAUCUAACAAGGAGAGCGAAGUCACUUCUGUCCAAGGACGCAACGGCUCUUCAAGGCUAA